AUGGCAACGGUUCCUCCGGAUUCCCAGCAACUGUGUCAAGCCCUUGAAGGGACUUACUCCCAGAACGAGGAAGUGCGAAAGACUUCGGAGCAGCAUCUCCACUCGAUUUCGCCGUCGCCAGGCUUGCUCGCCGCACUCCUCAAGAUCGUUCAACAUGACCAGGUCGAUGUCGGUGUUCGCACAGCCGCGGCGGUCAUGCUCAAGAAUGAGAUCAAAAAGCACUGGGAAGGCCCUGGAGGCGAUGUGGACGAAGAGGCCGAAGGCGCUCCCGCAGGCGCGCGCAAAAGAGAUGACUACUAUGGCGGAGAAGAGAAGGCCUUCGUCAAGGAGAACCUGUACCCGUCUCUGAUUCAAGUAUGGCCUGUGUCUCAGCCUGUUUCUCAGCAGCUGCUCGAGUGCGUCCGCCUCAUCGCCCUCCAUGACUAUCCCGCAAGCUGGCCGUUACUGCUGCCCGCUGUGACGGCGGACGUGGCGGCGCGGCAGGACUCGAACCGGCUGCUGUGUGCGCUCUCCGUGCUUCGGCGGCUGUGCGGAAUCUACGAGUUCAAACGCACCGACAAAGAGGCGCUGGAUGCGAUUAUCGAGCAAACGUGGCCUCUGCUGCUGCCGGCGGCCGCGCAGCUCCUGAACGAAGGAGGCCUGGGCAACACUGAUGCGAUGCAGAUGUUGAAACUGAUCUGCAAGAUCUACUGGAGUUCCACGCAAGUCUGCCUCGCCUCCUCCGCCCUGGUCGUCUCCACCAUGGACGACUGGAUGGAAGUUAUGGAGCAAAUCCUCCUCAGGCCGGUUCCGGCAGAGAUCCUGACGGGCUUGGACGCAACGGAGCGCGCGGAGUUGCCUGUGUACAAAGUGAAGAAGUGGGCGCUCCAGAUCAUCCAGCGUGCGUUCUCGCGCUUCGGCGACCAGAAGCUGUUGAAUCGGUCGACGCGGAGUUCGAAGGACAACGACCAGAGCGUGACGCAGGCGUUUGGCAGGAAUUUCGCGACCAAAUGGGCUCCGCGCUUCACCGAGAAGCUUCUUCUCCUCCUGCGUCGCCAGCAGGAGCAACCGGAGAACCUCGAGCUGUGGCUGACCCCGCGCAUGCUCAACCUCAUGCUUCAGUUCCUUCUCUUGGCCACCGAGGCCGCCAAGAUAUACUCCUCUCUCCUCAAGCCCAACGGCGAGUUCCUCGUCUCGCAGAUCUGCAUCCCACUUCUCCAGUUCAACGAAGAAGACGACGAACUUUGGCAGACCGAGCCCAUUGAGUUUGUGCGCAGACAAAGCGACCAACUGGAGAGCUUCUCGGACCCCAGAGAAGCAGCGAGCGAGUUCAUCAAGGCGUUGGUGCGGUACCGCGGACGCGACUUUUUGGAGCCGCUGUACCUGCUGGUGCAUCGCCUGGUGGACGAGUUUAGGAGCGCCGCUCAGCAGGCGGCAGCGGCGAACCAGGCGCUGCCGGUUCAGGCUUUUCAGAAGAAGGACGCCGCGUUGCGUCUUGCGUGCUGCAUUGCGGACCGGUUGAUGUCGAAGAAGCGGCAGGCGCCGAUCGAGGACUUUUUGACCAACUUUGUGCUCCCUGAUUUGCGCAGUCCGAACAAAUUCCUCCGCAUGCGGGCCUGCUGGGUCUACGAGCAGUUCGUCCCCAAGUUGGCGACGUGGCGGAAUCCCGCGUCGGUGGUCGAGGCGUACAGGGGCACUGUGCUUCUCACGCAGGACGCGGAGCUGCCGGUGCGCGUGCAGGCGGCGAUCUCUGCGAAGGUCUUCUUCAACGUCGAGGUCGAGGAGCUCCAGCAGGUCAUUGUCUCCAACCUCGAGGGCCUCACGAAGCAGCUGUUCGCCGUCAUGAAGGACAUCGACAACGAGCAAGUCGUCGCGACGAUUGAGCACCUUAUUUCGUCCCACGAGGAGCACAUCGCGCCGUACGCCAAAGACCUGACCAAGGCACUCAGCGUCACUCUCCUGGAAAUGCUUGACCGCGAGGGAGCGGCUGAACAGGCUGGCGAUGACGGCGCCGAGGAAGACGCAGCCUUCGCCUCUAUGACUGUCCUCAGCGCUCUGAAAAACGUGCUCGCCUCCGUGACGGAGACCCCGGCGCUGUACUCGGAGUUUUUGGCGGAUUUGUAUCCGGUCUUUGACGUGCUCUUUGCGCCGGAUUCGAUCAACUUGUUGGACGACGCCAUCGAGAUUCUCGCCUUCAUCACGUACUACAUCCCGACGCCCUUCCCGCCUCCGCUCUGGAGGUACUUCGAGGCUCUUCACCAGGCGGUGUGCGGCGGCUCGACGCCCACGAGGCCCUUGAGCGACGCGCUCAAGGACGGCUGGGCAGUCGAUUCAGUCGGCGACAUGAUCGCACCCAUCUCCAACUACAUGUGCCGAGCACAUGCGCAGUUCGUCGCGGGCCAGAGUGAACUCGGCGUCCCCUAUAAGCUCUGCUUGCUCCAGAUCGCAAAGAAAUGCAUUGACAACCUGGAUUCGACCGACGCCUGCCUGGGCUUGCAGCUCCUCUGCCUGCUGCUGGAGUGCUGUGCCGCCCAGCAGACGGCAGACGAUAUUCUUCUGCCCGCGUUCCAAGCUGUUUGGGGCUGGGUGGUGAAGAUGAAUGCGGAAAAGGGGGGCGACGACAUCGACAAGCGAACGCGCCAGAUGUUUAUAAAAUUCGUGCUCACGCUCAUGGUGUACGACGUCCGCAAGUUCUUCCUUCUACUCGAGGAGCAGGGCGCCACCGCUCAGGUUCUCAGCUUCGUCCUGGAAAACGCCGCCCUCAUCAAGACGUACGAGCAGAAGAAGGUCUUCAUCCUGGGGUGCUCGCGGCUGCUGCAGAACUUUGCGGCGGCGCCGGCGGCGUUCCCGGCGUGCGUGGCUGAGCGCUUGGAGUUGAUCAUGAAGACGCUGGCGACGCAGGCGACUGAGCAGGCGCAGCUGAAGCAGAAGCUAAAGGAGGAAGAAGACGACAGCGACUUUGAAACCGACAGUGACGCGGACUCUGAGCAGGACCUCGACGAAAACGAAGAUGCGGGCCUGCACCCGAAGGCCAAGGAAAUCCUCGAAAAACUCGACAACGUCAAGUGGGGAGGUGACGACGACGAUGACGACGACGAUGACUGGGACGAGGCGUUCGAAUCCAGCUGCGCCGAGAGCUGUGGUCUGCAGUCGUCGCCGCUGGAGGAAGUUGACGAGCUCAACACUCUGCGAGAGGUUCUUGCAGCUCUCCCCCAAGAGUCACAGGCACAAAUUUCGUCCUGGCUGGGGCCUGUUCAACUCGCAAAGCUGCCUGGUGUUCAGUUGCCUGGUAUCGACUGUGUCUUCGUUGUGAUGCUGGGGUUAGCACCAAAGGAUCCAACCUUUAUCCUUGUCGGGGGGCUCGAGCACCCCUUUCCUGAAAGCACUGAGAAAUUGAGUGUUCCGGGUAGCAACGAAGACGCUCGUUAG